CUGUGUGUGUUGGUGCUGGUCAGCUGCCUGUGGAGAGAGACAUCAACCAGCAGCUGAUGAUGAGGAGGAUGAUGGAAACACAAACAGGAACUGAACCAAUGUGAAGGAUGCUGCCGCUUCUGUGACACAAACCAAGCAGCGUUUUUUUUUGUUUUUUUGUUUUUAUUUUAUCUUUAUUUCUCAUUUAUCCUUGUCAGCGCCAGCUUCACCUGCCGUGGAUGAUUUUCUCGAUGGGUUGUGGGGGGAGUCGGGCGGACGCGAUCAUCGAGCCGAGGUACCAUGAGAGCUGGACCAGAGAAACGGAGUCAACCUGGCUCACUAACACGGACGUAGAAACCCCUGUUUCUGUGGCAAACAGUAAAGCUGUAGAUUCCAGCCUGAAGGAGAAGAGAAUGGUGACCACAGGAACCCAAUGUGGGAAGCAGGCCAUCACUACCAAUGGCUCCAACCACCAGAGGAGACCAAGGCGCUCAUUGACUGAUGUACAGUGCUUUGAAAAACAAAUUACUCGUGACUCCAAAAGGAGAGCAUCGAAGGAGGCCAGCGCCCUGUCCAAGGAAAGCCAGCCUGAUGGAGAUCCUGAGCCGGAGAGCGCCUGCGAUGAAAGAUGAAAGAAAAGCUACAACACUGUGAAGAGGCUAAAUGGCUGGGCUGCAAAAAAUAAAAAAAAAACUUGCAAAAGUGUCCAGAUGAUCUUUGCUUGUGGCUUUGCGCAGCUCUGGACCCUGAAGGUGGCGACUCCCCUAACAGGGCGCCUGCUUAUGUUUCCACCCAAAGACCUCAAAAUGCUGCAUUAUUGUUGCAUGUGUGAGGAAGAGAGUGGGAACCAAACGCCAUGUUUUUCCUCCAUACUCGUUAGUACCAGUCAGGGAAUGUGUCACUGUGUUAAGAGAGAUUUAAGUUAAAAAAAAUAUAUAUAUCUUUACACAAUUGAGAGAUUGCCCCAUAUGCACACGAUAAUCUCAAUCUGCACAUCAAAUGUGCAUGUGUCGGGGCUUCCUGAAGAAUUUGCUUUAGUUCUUUGUGCAAAUAUACUCAUUUUUUGUUGUUAGAGUGUGUUGUUUGAGAUCAGUCAGUAAAGUGAGUGAUUUUUAUAAAAAAAAAAAA